AUGAACGCCACGCGCGAUCGCGCGCUCGGCGCGCUCACGCUUCCCGGCUCGCACGACAGCGCGACGCAGUACCUGAGUCCAAAGCUCCAACCGGGACGCGCGGGACAGCUUCCGCGCUGGGUCGACGACGCCGUCCGGCUCGCCGAAUCGAUCGGGGUGCCCGCGGAUCAACUCGUGCGUCGGUGGGCGCGCGCGCAGUCCGCGCGCGUGGGCGCGCAGUUGCGACUGGGGGCGCGGUACGUCGACUUGCGAAGCGGUUGGGACGGCGACGAGGGCGUCUGGCGUGCGCACCACGCGCUCGAGGGACAGGCGGUGGAUGAAAUCUUGGAGGAAGUGAAAGUGUUUCUGGUGGAACAACCUUCGGAGGUGGUGAUCGUGGAGUUGAGUCACUUUUACGGCGAUCCGAGCGAGAGCGCGGUGGAGCGCUUGGCGACGGCGGCGACGGAAAUCUUCGGAGACAUGCUCGCGCCGUAUCCAGGAGACGCGCGCGCGGCGCUGUACGACGCGCAGCUCGGGAAAGAUUACGUCGACGUCAAUCAUCGCGCGAUCGUCGUGUUCGAGGACGCGAACGUCGGCAAGAGAUUCAAACUGUGGCCCCGCGAGACGCUGACGAAUACGUACGCCGAUUCCGACGACGCCCGCGCGAUGGCCGCCUUCAACCGCGACGUCGUCGCGGCCUUCAACGAGAAAUCAUUCCGCGAUGACGCACUCUUAAAGCUCAGCUGGACGCUCACCCCACAAGCGUCGACGGUCGUUCGAUCGUUGAACAUCUUUGAGAAGAAUCCAAAGUCGCUUCUCGAGCUCGCGUCUUCGCGCGCGAACCCGCCGUUGCGCGAUUUCGCCGCCGACGCCGCGCUCCACGCGUGUUCGCUCGCCCACAUCGUCGUCGUCGAUGAUUUCGACCAUUCAUCCGUCGUGGAUAUCGUCUUAGCCUCCAACGUCCACGGCAUGUUCCCGAAAGGCGCGUGCGCGUGGUCCGCCGCCGCGCUCGCCUCCGAGCGCUGA